CCCAAAUCUGUGCCGGCCCCUCCCCCACCUCCGGCCUGGCCCCGCCGCCCAUGAGCCCUGGGGGUGGCUCAUAACCAGACUCAGCCCCACCGAGCGCUUCUCCGGUGCAGCGAGAGCGGCCAGCCUCGUCCCUCCAUGCGCCGCGGUGAUGCUGCUGCGCCCUCCCUGCGGGUAACAGCGCCCAGCGCCUUCCGCUCCGGCCGGCCAAGAUGUGGCAGAGCGUCGGGCUGACGCUGCUGGUGAUCGUGGCCACCCUGGCCUGUGUGCUCUUGUUCAUGCUGUGCGGUUGGUAUGUGGUGUGGCAACUGUUUUUAUCUAAAUUCAAGUUCCUGAGAGAGUUGAUAGGAGACACAGGAUCCCAGCAGGGAGAUAAUGAGCCUUCAGAGUCUGAAGCUGAACAGGAGACUCCACCCACUCCACAGAGAGGUAGACCGAAAUCAGCACGGCAAAGAAGGGCACCAGCAGAAGAAGCAACUUAAAAAAAGUCCUCUGGGCAUUCAUUAGUGACCUAUGAACAGAUUAAACACUUCUGCUGCACUGUGUGAUUCAGCAGUUUGGUUUUACUGAAAACAAUGGACUGCAAAAAAACCAAAUAUCUGUGAACCUUUACUUUUGGAUUUCAGAUAUACACUACUUUAGUAGCGGUUCAGGAAGGGCUUUAAUGGUAAGCCAUAUAGAACUAGAAAAAAGAAGGUAGGGGGAGAAUCUCUGCCUGAAAAAGGCUGAGCUGCUGUAGCCCCCACCCCUGCAAAUGGAUGCUGUUUCCUGGUCCAUAGGCCUAGCCUUUCCAUUAGUCUGAACAUGGUAAGCAUCUCAGACUUGAAAUGGUUGCUAACUUAUUUUUAUUUCACAGCACUGCAACUAGUUGUAGUAAAAUUUAAUUUUAUUUCUGUAUUUCAUUCAGUUAUAUAAAUAUAUAUAUAUUCUUCAAUUUGUCAAUGCAUGUAAACUUGAAAGAUGUUCAAAGGAUAUCCUGCUUGCACGGUAUUCUAAAAUGAGGUUUAGUAACCUUUUCUAUACGAGAGAAUUAGUACUAGAUACACAUGAUGUGGAGGUUGUAACUAUCUCCUUAAAGAAAAACAUAAUCAGGUGACCAUACCCGGUUUCUUGGUUUUGACACAAGAAGGGUUACAGGUAAAACUAUUCUGCUAGACUUCUGUUUUUUGUCAUCUGAACCUCUGACUCCAUUUUUACUGGAGAUAGGGAGAUGCAGCAUGGGUUAAGUAUCUUCACUGUUCAGUAUCCUAAAGUGGCAAGCACAGUUCUAACUCACUUUAAAAUGUAAACAUUUUUACAUCAGGUAUUUGGUACCAGAUUUUUUUUCUGGCGCCAUUUAUUAUGAAGAAAUUGUGACCAAUUUGGUGGACACCACUUUAAUAGUGUUGUAGCAAUGUGUUUAGUACCUCAUGUUUGGUGGUGGUUACUGGUUUUAUCAGCAGUUUAGCAGAUUCUCCCAGUUCUUCAGUACCUGAAUUGUACUCCAGGUGAACAUCCUUUUAAUUUAAUUUUAUUUUUUUGCAUUGUACUUCAAGCAAAAUUAAAUCCCACAUUGCAGCAAUCUAGCAACUUUAAACUAGUGUUUGAUGUGUAUCAAACAAGAAAGAAUAAGCAGGUGCUGCCUCUGAAGGGGGAUGUUGGGGGAUGAAGCUACAAAAAGAACAGUCUGUGUUUUGGGACAAGCUCAUCUGACUUCCUUUCAUAAACUUUGGAUGCAUUUGUUGAUUUGUUUAGUUUCUCCUUAGUGGUUUUCCCUGCAUUCAGAUUCUGCUCUACAGGAAAAUGUCUUAAAACUACAAACUAUGAAACCUACAUUAGUGGACAAACUCUCUUGAACCUCUAGUGAUAAUAGCAAUGCUUAGCUCUUUGAUAGAAUAGACUCUUAUGUCUGGGAGAAGAGCACAUUUUUACUGCCUUUAUAUUCUAAUUUAUCUGUGGAUAUUGUUUGAAAGCUAAUGUUAGGAUUUGAAGAUGACAGUAUUAACUGAAAUAUACCACAAACAGCUGACAUAAACAUUCUUCCUGAUGUGUCAGUGUUAAAAUAUGUAAUGGAUGUCCUGACCCUUCCCUGCAAGUUCUAUAUUCUUUCUUUGUUUACCAGCAUGUAUGUACAAGCAUGCUUUAUUACGGGAUUAUACUUUCAAGCAUGGUUACACAUCAGUUUGCACAUAUCCUCUAAACACAUGUAAAACCUAUUAAUAGUUUUUCCUAUUCCAUACUUCCUGCUGGUAAGAAUGGGAACUGGAAAUGGCUAUUGAUUAAGGUAAUAAAAUCCCCAUUGUAUUCAAAUUGAUCAACAACAUUGUUUCAUUUUCCUGCUUGUUUCAAGUGUUUGCCUUUAGGACAUACUCAACAGUAUAGUCCAUUUGAUGCACAGUAUACCUUCAACCUAACCGUUCUAAGCAGAUUUUGGAGCACUUUUCUUAAUCUUUUCAUUAAGAACAUACAUUUUGUACACUCUCAUGAAUUUUAGUCUGCAAAAGGACUAUAAUCUUGAUAUAAAGCAUUCAUACUAUAUGUACAUUUCAGUUCUAACUGAAAUAUAAGUACACAUAGGAAAUACACAUACAGCAAAAAGCUGACAUUUCUAAUCUCUCCUGCUGAAAGAGGUAAUGGAAACCCACAGGCAGUCUCUAAUUUUAACAGCUGUGAAGAAAUGUGAAAUUAUAGCAGUACAGAUACCCAGCAAGGUAGCACUCAAAAGUCCUUGUGCCUUAUGCCUUGAGUAAGUUGAUGAGGGAAACCCAAGUAAGUUUCAGUGCUGACACUUUUAUCUGGAAGUAUGCAAUAAAAUGGAAAUUAAAACUAAUGAAUAUAGAACUCUGGGAAGCAAGUUUGUCCUGCCUUUCUGACCAACCUUUUUUUCCUCACCAAGUGUACAUUUCCCCCACAUGGAGUCAUCUAUUCUGUCAUUUUGUGAAAAAUAGCCAACACUAUUGUAUUAAUAAUGCUGAUGUGACCUACUUGCCAGUAACACUAAAUCCACCUAUAACAUUACAUUCAUGCUCCUAGUAGCAGCAUGACAACAAGGUUUAUAUUAUAAAGAUAGUAUGAGUUGUGUAGCUUUGGUAAUGAAGAUGUCAAUGUAUAAUAUGAAUAGGAGAAAAUAAAAAGGGUUUUCUGCACAUGUCCCAUGUGGAAACUUCUGCGUAUUGAGGUUUUAUACACACCUACAAGGGUGUAUUUAUGUGAAAGUGUGCAUGUGACCAGGUCCAAGGUAUUAAGUUUUACCAGUCCAAUAGAACUCAUGUUCUUGUCUUCAAAAUAUUUUGUUUUGGACUUUUUUUUAACAGUAUACAUCUAAAGUAUUUUAGCUGUAGCUGAGCACUUAGUUUUUAAUUAAGUAAUACAAUUCUAAGAAACCUUUUUGUAAGGCAAAAAUAUAAAUGACUUCAUCUUUGUUUUAAUUAGAUUUAUUUUUAAAUAUAUAUGCCUUAUUACAACCAUUCUACUGAAUAUACUUGUUGGUUUGGGUCUAUUAAUUUAAAAUAUAUUCAUAUCACUUUUGUGGCAAUGAUUGAGUGAGCAGCAGUUAUCUGCUUUGUUUAUGAAACACUUUAUUUGAAAAGGUACUGCCAGAGAUUGUAGAACAAGCACAUAAUAUAAGCUGGUUGAAAAGAGUAGGUAAAUAAUGGCUACAAAUUCAGGAGAAAACUGAGGACAGUUGCAUUCUUGUAGGAUUUUUUUUUUAUGAAUAUUGCAUAAUUCAGACCUGUUAGGAAGCCAUUUAUGAUUUUUAUCAUGGUUAUUUAAAACCUGCCCACAAGGCUAAUUCUAUGCAGUUCAUUCAUUAAGCACUGCUGCUGUAGCUAUUUGCAGUAAAUGCUAUAUACUGUGCUGCAAUCAGUGAGCAAUUUGCUGCUUAACGUUAGGUUUACACUGAUCUAGACCUGUGUAUGUUUCAACUUCAGUUUGUUUGGAAACAACCAGAAUAAAGAAUGUGUUUAAUGUAGUCAUUUGCAUUCUCAGUGUUAACUGUUAAAAGAUACUGUACCUAAUGCUUAUGUGGUUUGUCUGUAUUCAUCAUGUUAACUGUUCUUUUAAACUGACUGCACAGAUAACUUUACAAAAAUAAAAUAAAAUAGACUUGAUAUGAGAA